AUGGAAGAACAAAUAAUUACAAAUACAAAUCUUUCUACAACAACAGAAUCUCCAGUUAAAUCGAAAGCUUCGAUUGUUCAAUUUAAUAUUGAUCGACAAUGUCCUAUUCAAUAUGUUACAGUUUAUAAUGAUCGUGCUGAAGUAACACGUUCUGUACGUCAUCAUUUCGAUGCUGAAGGUACUUAUGAACUUGUUUUCGAAGGGUUUUCUCCAUCUGUUGAUUUAACAUCAUUACAUGUCAGUGGUGGAACAGGUAAAGCAUGUACAAUUCUUGAAGUAUCAUAUCAAAAACGUUAUGAAAAUACAACGGUAGAAGAAGAUUUAACACCAUUAGAUCAAUUACAAAAUGAAUGUAGUAAUAUUCAAGCGAAUAUUGCUAAACAUCAACGAGAAUUAGCACGACUUGUUAAACAACGUACAUGGCUUGAUGGUCGAGCAUCAAAAUUAAUGAAUCAAGAUGGACAAAUAAAUACAAAUGAUCUUGAUUCAAUGCAACAAUUUAUUGAUUUCUAUUAUAAACAAUUAAUAAAACUAGAUGAUGAAACAACUAAUGAAGAAAAUCAAAUUAAAGAAUUAACACAACAAAAAGAAAAAUUAGAAGCAAAAAUUCAAGAACACGGCGUCGUAGAAAUUAAUCGUCGGAAAGAAAAACGAGAAGUUACUAUUGCUGUUCAUAUAGCAACUAAUAAAAUUGACGUUGCUUUGGAUAUAUCAUAUCUAAUAAGUAAUUGUUCGUGGACUGCUAGUUAUGAUGUUCGUGUUAAUAGUGCUGAAGCAACAAAACAACAAACUCAACUUACAUAUUAUGGUAGUAUUAUAAAUAAAAGUCAAGAGAAUUGGACUGAUGUGCAAUUAUCAUUAUCAACAGCAACACCAUCACUUGGAGGUGCUAUACCAAAAUUAGGAACACUUAAAAUUGGCUACCUGGUACCUAGAUACAAUUCUUAUAGAUCACCAAAAUUCGAGAUGAUGGAUGAUCUUUAUGAAGAAGCUGAAACACAUUGUUUAAAAGCUGCUUCAUUUUCGUCGAAAUCUUUAGGGUUUUCAAAAAGGCGAGCAAGAACAACUUUAAAUUCAAUAGAAACAGACGAACUAGAAGCGCCAGGUACGAUCAAUGUUUUAGCUAGUCAAACUGAAGCAAGUAUGUCAAGUUCAAGUUUCACGAUUCCACGACGAGCAACAAUAGAUGCUGAUGGCAAACCACAUAAAGUAACCAUUGGUGUAUUGGAUUUAACUUCAACAUUUAUUUAUACUGUUGUACCAAAAUUAACAGCACGUGCUUAUUUAAAAGCAUCAACAACAAAUACAUCUGAUAAACAACUUUUAGCUGGACCAGCAUCAAUAUUUAUGGAUAAUAAUUUUGUUACACAUAGUUCCAUUGAUAAUGUUUGUCUAGGUGAUACAUUUGAUCUACCAUUAGGUACUGAUGCAAGUGUUAAAGUUGAAUAUAAACCCGUGAAAAAAGUCGCUGACACACAAGGUUAUAUUUCAAAAGUACAUCAUGAAAAUAUUCGUCAUGAAACACGUCUUGUUAAUACAAAAUCAAAUGAUGUUACAGUUUAUGUUUAUGAACAAGUUCCAUUAUCAUCGGAUGAGAAAAUUAAAGUUAAAUUAAUAUUACCUGAUCUACGAUUAAAAGAUCAAGGUCAAAAUUGUACUGUAACAAUGAAUGAUUCAAAUAAUUUAGAAUGGAAAUGUAUUUUAAAAGAACGUGGUGAAUGUCGUCUACCACUUGAAUAUACCAUUGAAUGGCCAAUAGAUAAACGUGUAGAAUACACACAAGUACAAUAA